AUGGCGGACAAGAAGGGCGGAGCGCCAAGGAAGGAGGAGGUCGUCACGAGGGAGUACACCGUCAACCUCCACAAGCGCCUCCAUGGCUGUACCUUCAAGAAGAAGGCACCCAAUGCCAUCAAAGAGCUCAGGAAGUUUGCACAGAAGGCUAUGGGCACGACAGACGUCAGGAUCGACGUGAAGCUCAACAAGCUCAUCUGGAGCAGUGGGAUCAGAAGCGUGCCCCGUAGGGUUCGCGUGAGGAUUGCCCGCAGGAGGAACGACGAGGAGGACGCCAAGGAGGAGCUCUAUUCACUCGUCACCGUUGCCGAGGUGCCUGCUGAGGGUUUGAAGGGGCUGGGAACCAAGGUCGUCGAUGACACUGAGUAG